UGCCAUGGCUGUUGAAUCUUUCACUGCAGUUGCUUCUGAUGUUCAAGUUGGCAAGUUCUUCCUUUCCAGAGGCCUCAUUGAGAAGAUUAAUAAUUUCAAGCAGAUGAGCCUGUCAAAAUUGGAAGACCCUCACGCAGAUGUGAUCCGCUCAGGGGAUUACUUCUUUCAUAGUGAGAAUCCACGACGUCCAGAAGUCGGGGAUCUUCGUGUUUCAUUCUUCUAUGCAGGUUUGAGUGAAGACUUUUCGCGCAUGACUCUACCAGAUAUGGUGACCAUAAUUGCUCGUCAGCAAGGCGAUCACUUGGUUCCAUACCAAACCAAAUCUGGGGAUGUCUUAAAUGUUCUCUAUCCUGGAGAGCUCACAGCUGAGGAAGUAUUUCAGAAAGAACAUGAGAGUAACAGCAUGAAAACCUGGGGCCUACGUGCAGCUGGAUGGUUGUCUAUGUUUUUAGGCAUCAGCCUUAUGACCAGAA